AUGGAGCCCAACAAAACAGACGGGCCCAUAGGGUCGAUUGAUGAGCCCGGCGUCAAGGCGGAGGGCCAGCUCCUGCAUACCAUGCGGCGAGAAGUGGCAGAGCUGCUGGGCAGACAACAGACUAGCUUUCCGGGCGCGCAGCCCGUCAGCUUUGCCAGACAACAUCUGGACGAGUUGACGAAACAAGACUACUACGUAUGCGAAAAAUCCGACGGAAUCCGCUACCUUCUCUACUUGACCGAGGAUGAGAACCAAGGGGAAGCGCACUACUUGAUUGAUCGCAAGAAUGACUAUUGGUACAUCACCAAUAAGAGCCUGCAUUUCCCGCGCGAGACGGAUGUGAGUGCUUUCCACACAGCAACGCUUGUUGAUGGCGAACUGGUGUGGGACAAGCGACCCGAUGGAGGAACGGAGCCUCGAUUCCUUGUUUUCGACUGUCUCGUGAUGGAUGGCAAUAAGCUCAUGGAUCGAUCUCUUGAUAAACGCCUGGCUUAUUUCAGAGAACGGCUGUAUACACCGUAUAAAAAAAUGUUCAAGGACUAUCCAGACGAGCUACAAUACCAGCCUUUCUACAUGGAAAUGAAGCCGUUUCAACUCGGCUACGGCAUCGAGAUGAUGUUCAAACAGAUUCUGCCAGCACUAAAGCAUGGGAAUGAUGGCCUUAUUUUCACAUGCCGGAAUACUGCCUACAAGCACGGCACCGACCCUCACAUUCUUAAGUGGAAACCACCGGAAGAAAACACCAUUGACCUACGAAUGAGACUUACGUUCCCGCUUGUUGAGCCAGAUGAAUGGGAGCGCAAAGAAGGCAUUACAGAGCCCUUUACCGAUUAUGAUAGCCUACCAAAAGCAGAGCUAUUCGUUUUCAAGGGCGAUGGCCCAGAAAAAUACGCUCGUUUCGAUGAGCUUUACAUUACGGAAGAGGAGUGGGAGACGCUGAAAGGCUUGAACGACCCAUUGAACGAUCGCAUCGUGGAGUGUAACCAGGAUGAUCAACGAAGAUGGCGUAUUCUCCGCUUCAGAGACGAUAAACACGAGGCAAACCACACGAGUACAGUUUCAAGCGUCCUGGAUAGUAUCAAUGACCGCGUUUCGGUGAAUGACCUCUAUGGCGCUGCUGGUCGGAUCAGAGACAGCUGGAAGGCUAGACAAGCACGAGAAAAUGCGCGCGGGCAACGAUAG